ACAACACAUCACUAUAGUGUAAGAGAAAAGAAAAAAAUAUUAACGGUAGCAAACACACACAAUUUUACCCCUGGUGGGACUCGAACCCACAAUCCCCGGUUUAGGAGACCGAUGCCUUAUCCAUUAGGCCACAGGGGCAGGUAGAAGAAUAAUCUUAUUUUUAGUACUAGAAAGUGUGUGUAUAUAUACAUAUAUUAAAAUGUUUAAUUACUUCUUAUUACACCUAUAUAGUUGAAUUCCAAGGUGGAGAGAUCCGUAUACAUACGACAAAGUAAGAAAUCAAAAGAAACCUCUUACAUCAAGCAUCAUGUAUAUGUAUCCGUUCAACGAAAGAUCAUACCCGUUUCGCGCAGCUCACAGGAGGCCCUCUGCUCUCACUUCUAACUUGGUGGUAUACACGGUGAACAAAAAUAUACGAGUAGAGGAAACAACCGAUCAUAUCAAAGGUCGAAAAGUAUAUUGCUAAAUAUAAGACCACUAGAUAUGCUGCUCGGUGCCACAACAUGCUUGCGCAAACGAAGCCUGCUUGAGCCAAUUAGAGUUAACAUGCGCAGAACGAACGAAAAUUCGUAGCAUGACAGGUAUUUUGAAAAAAUGAAGCUAUGGUUUCAAAUGAAGAUAUUAUUUCAGACAACAAAAGAAGAAUUUGAUUGUGAGGCAAGGAAUAUUAUGACAGAGGAUCAAGUUCAUCUUCACAAUGAGUUUCUUCUUUGCCUGUUCAAUAAAGUUAGAGGUUUAGCUGCUGCUGCACCUGUUCGUAAAAUAGAUAGAGAGAAAGCUAUAAAAGAAAAGAGGCUAAGAUUAAAACGUAAAUACAAAACUGAUAAGUCAAAUUUUGAGCCUGCAGAUAUGUAUGUUGAGGUUUUGAGCCAAACUUCAUCACCUGUCGGGGAUGAACCUAUUGGAGCAAAUCGCUCUAGUGCCCAAGAACUUGUGUUGCCAGAUAGAACUUUUGUUUUAGCAAGAUUAAUGCUGGCAGCAUGGGAAAAUAAUAUGGAUGGAGCAGAAGAGAAUACUGCCCAUAUAGUUAUAGCUGCUACACAAAUCUUCUUAAAAAAUAUACUUACAGCAAUAUUUACAAGAAGAAAGGGGUAUGCUGUAAGGGAUGGCUCUUUUAUUUAUAAUAUCGGAGAACCAGUACCUAGUUCAUGGAAAAGAAACUCUAUUCACAUAUCCCGUCCAUCGGACUAUAACGUGACAGAAAUGGUAGAUCCUUAUGGUCAAGUACCUACAAUCAAACCAAAUUUUGAAGAAGCAGAACAAGCAACAGCAUUUGCUUAUGCAUGUUCUUCUCAAACUAUUCCCCCUCCAUUAAAACCUGUUAAUACAGCUGAUUUACAAUAUACGCUGAAGAUAUACAAAAAUCUUGUCAAUAGCCAUACUAUUUAUGCUACUAACAUGGAACGUUUAUUUACAUACGCAACGCAUCAGACAUGGGAAGAUCUAGAAGCUAAAAAAUUAUUAAACUAUCAACCUGCAACAUAAUUAAUUAUUUAUGUAAAUAAAUAACAAUUUAAGGUAAAUAAUUUACAAAUUGCGCAUUAAAAGUUACAUGUUACAUAAGAUUUUUUACGAGACAUAUUUUGUUAAUAAAAUUAAUUUUUAAAAUA